UCAUUGCGAGUUCUGUCAGUUGUUGUUCGCCCAGCAAAAUAAAAACUAUUUCAUUUUCACGUUUCUCGGUGAUAAAAUCCAAAAAUAUGGUCGGUUGGAGUAGUUUUGUGCGUCCAGCGGCUCAAUUCGCCAAAUAUCGUGCAAUUUUGCAAUCGCCUGUUGUACAGAAUGCUGUCCAGCAACAAUUGCGUCAGAUGAGCGGUGGUCAUCAUCACAUGAUUGUACAACCUUCCCGAUUCCAGUGGAACAAAUUCAAGGAUCUAUUGCACUUCUAUGUAAUGUUGGGUGUUUUGCCCAUCACCGGUAUUGUCUUGUACAGCAAUAUCUUCGUCGGUCCCGCUCAAUUGCAUGAAAUCCCCGAAGGCUAUGAACCAAAAUAUUGGGAAUACCACAAACAUCCAAUUUCCCGUUUCAUUGCCCGUUACUUCUUGACCAAUCCACAACAGGAAUAUGAGAAGUCUUUGCAUUAUCUCUAUGAGGAAGAUGAAAAAGCUAAACUCAGAAAUUUGGAAGAACAAAUCCGUGCUAAAAUGUCCGAACGCAAUGAUUAUCAAGCCUAUUACUAUAGACCAGCAAUUGCCAAGUACCAUAGGAUUUCUAAGGAAUCUGCUGAUGCAUUGGCUGAAAUUCGUGGUGAAAAUUAAAACUACCAAUACUAGAAUAGUGCUGUUUUAAAAAGCAGAAUAAAACAUUAAUAUCAAUUAGUUGAAAUUAA